AUGACGUCAGAUGCUACCGGAGAGAUCCGCAAACCAAAACGUUUCGCCUUUGAGACCGUGGACCCAAAGUUGAUGCCAGCACCGCAUAUCAAUCCCUUCCUUCGCCUGCUAAUUUAUAUUUACUACAUUUUAAGUUCAGGUUGUAUCUACUGGGGAUGGAACGGCUUUCAAGAGAUAUUGUACAAGGCCGGCGCAUUUGAGGAGUACUGUGAAAAUGUGAGUGAGAGGACAGCAAAGGUACUUUAUGGUGUGGCGUACACCGAUUGCCCGGCCAGGGCGGGCGGUAUCAACAACCUCUAUACCAUUGCAUACUCUACGCACUUCAUCUUCUCGUUUCUUGGUGGGUGGUUCUUGGAUAAAUUUGGACCACGAGUUUGCUUUUUAGUGGGCCAAAUAUUCUCAAUUACUGCCUGGGCACUGGUUUUUUGUUUCCCUAAGAAUGGAGCGCUGUUGAGGUUAGCCUUCGUUCUUGUUGGUUUGUGCUGUGAGGCAUGCUACAUUCCCAUGCUUUCUGUGAGCAAAUACUUCCCCAAAGGGUCGUCCACAGUUAUAGCUAUCAUGGGCUCAUGUCGUUCACUUUCGUUCUUCGUGCCAACCCUUUUGUCGUGGAUCUAUCACAGCCAGGGGGUAACUGAAGAUAUGCUAUAUCUAAUCGGGCUAAGUUACCUUUUGAUUUCAAAUGUGUUUUGUUUGGUUUCUGGAGCUUUCAUCAUCCCGAAAGUCAUACCUGUUUCUCCAUCGGAACAGGAGGCAGUUAACAAACGUGCUCGUGAGCUUGAGAUUAGGGAUAAAUACGAGUCUACACAUGCAGAGUGCGAAAACAGAAGCAAAUAUAAGUUUAUCGAGACUAUCAAGCAUGGCAUCAGGAGCCCGUUAGCAAUGGAAUUUUUCGUUCUUGGCUUGUCCGUCUGCCUUUUCAUGCCAUCCAUAGAGUUCAUCAACAAAUCGCAAGGUGAUCUUCUAGUUGCAUCUGGCGAUGGAGGCGACGCUACUGGCAUAUUCAAGUACUUCAAUGUUCUGACGUUCCUCCCUGGCCCGCUUUUGGGUGCGAUGAUGGACAAAGUUGGUCCCGCUAUCGUUAUGAACUUUUUGCACGCAUGUGCCUUGCUUUACUAUGCUUGCACUUCGUUUGACAUCUAUGCGAUGAAAAUAGCGGCUUGCUGCUUCUACUUGCUCGCAGGUUCACUGUGCAUUUCCACCGUGUACUGCUAUGUCAACACGAGGUUCCCAGCUCAGUACUUCGGUAUACUGGUGACGGUAAUUUUCGGCGCCGCAGGUUUGAUGGCGUUGCUCAACAUUCCUCUUUACAAUUGGGGGCUUACCUUAAAGGCUGACGUAGUUCAACAGCGCUUCCGUCCGCUCUCAUUUGUUUUUAUGGGAUACAUGGCAACUGCCUGUUUACUCAGCGCUACUCUGAUAUAUCUGUCAGUCAUACGUCCCAAGAGGUCCAAAGGGGUGCAACUUAGCGUGUAG